AUGCAGCACUGGAACUAUUUGAUCAGCAUUCUAUCCGUUUCUGUGCUCUUCCAAUGCGUUUCUGCUCACAACAUCCUCUUGACCAAUGACGAUGGCUGGGCGGUCGCCCAAAUCCGCGCUCAGCGCGACUCUCUCGUCAACGGGGGCUUUAACGUGAUUCUGUCAUCCCCUGCUGUAGACAAGUCCUCGACAGGCUCUGACACCGCAACGCCCAAGCCACUCGCGCAGCCGUGCGAAUUCAACUCGUGCCCCAAGGGCUCUCCUGCAGAGGGAUUCAACGCGAGCGAUCCACGACUGAACUACGUCAACGCCUUCCCAGCUGAUGCGGUGCACUAUGGCAUCCAGACGCUUUCACCCAAGUUCUUCGGCACCCCGGACUUUGUCAUCAGCGGUCCCAACAUCGGAAACAACAUCGGAGCAAACCACCAAGGCUCCGGGACUAUUAAUGCAGCAUGCGAGGCCGCCAAGGAAGGCAUUCCCUCCGCGGCCGUCUCCGGCGACAUACCCGGCCAGGGACAUGUCUCGUACACGACCCUCACGACGUCGCCCAAGUCGCCGACCACGCUCACCGCGCUCCUCUACGCAGAGCUGACGACGAACUUCACGCAGACGAUCUACAACCCUGCGGCGCGUCCGAUCCUGCCCGCGAACGUGACGCUGAACAUCAACUACGGCGCGACGACGUUCUCCGCGUCCGGGGAGCCCAAGGGGAAAUGUGCGACGGCGAGCGACUUCAAGUGGGUGUUCACGCGGAUGGCGAAGAGCACGACGGCGGUUGAUGUGGAGACGUGCGGGAGAAAGCACCUGCCGGACGAGAGAACAGUCAUCAACGCUGGAUGUUAUGCGAGCGUGGCGGUCAUGAACGCCAACACGAAGAAGGACGUGAGCGCGAGCGUGCAGGCGCAGGUGCUGGAUCGCCUCGCUCCGAGUGGCCUCUUCACGUGCUUCAAGGCGUGA